ACAUACACACAUACACACAUACACGCAUACACGCACACACAUGAUGAGCUGGAGGAUGAGACGAAGACGAGCAGUGGCAACACCAGCGGGAACAUGUUGGAUGGUGGUUGUGUGUGUCGUGGUGCUCAGCAUAGCAGCAGGUGGUGGAGGGGCUGCAGCGGCGCGGGUGGCGCGAAAUGAGUUUGCGCGCACAUUGUACGACAGUGAACUGGCCGAGAUGAGGAUGACGAGCUUAGAAGCUGCGGCAGCUGCUGGCACCGCGUUUGGCGCGUGCGAGGGGGAACCCAUGAUGGAGUGCACCAGUGACGCCCUUUUCGCUGUCACGCACAACGGUGGCAGCAAAUACUUCAACAGGCACGAUGGCGGCGAUGAUGGUAAUGACGGCUGUGUUUAUGAAACUCACAGGAGUACGACGGAUGACGGUGAAAAUGGAACUAGUCACGCCAGGUGUGACUGGGAACACCCGCCUGGCAAACACGCAGAGACGAAGAAGGAGGAUGUACAACAACAACCACCACCACCACAGCCGCAAAUAAGUACACAGACACAGCAGCAAGAACAACGUCAGCAGCCGCAGACGCAGCAGCAACUGGCGUUUGUAGCAUCAGUUUGCUGGCCAGAGGUUCCCGUGAACGAUUCGAGCAGCGGGAUUCCAAGGAGAAUCAUUCAGACGUGGAAGACGCACCGACCACGCGGACGCUUCAACAAGUUUUUGCACAAGAUGCAACGGCUCAACCCUGACUUUGAGUACAUGCUCUUUGAUGACCAAGAGGUGAACGACUUUGUGGCCACCCAUUUCCCACGUCUCAAGUUCAUGUGGGACCACCUUAUUGGACCCUUUCGCGUGCAGCGGUACGAUCUGUUUCGAAUGCUUGCGGUGUACCACUAUGGCGGGUUCUACUUGGACAUGGACGUGGAGCUGGAGCAAGGACUGGCGCCGCUGCUCGACCAGGAAGCCGUGUUCCCGCACGAGGAGAUGAUACCCACAGACAUCUGCCGGAAGCACGGGCAGUACGGACGGUGGCCCUGGCCAUACAUCGACUGCAGCCGCGAGUUCCCGCAGCUGGGCCAGUUUGCGUUUGGCGCGCGCCGCCACCACCCGUUCCUCCGGCGGGUCAUCGAGGCCAUAUACGCGCAGUUCAUCAGCCCGGACGUGCCGCCUCGCUUCUCGGACGUGUACAUCUUCACCACGAGCGGGCCGGACCUUGUGUCGCACGUGUACAACCAGUCGUCUCCAGCGGAGCAGCAGCACGUCACCGUCCUGUACCCACACCCCUACGACAAGUUUCGCUUUGGCGAUUACGGGGUUCACCACAUGGCUGGCGCCUGGCGUAAGUGGACGCACUAGCCAGACCAUGGUAUGUGCGUGUACGCGAGUGUGUACAUGU